AGUGGGGUAUUAAGGAACCAAGGAAUUACAAAAGUGGUAGUUUGUCUAGAAAUAAAAUAAGAUAAAAUAUUUUGUACAUUAAAAUACCAUCAGGUCAAAAGACUAUAUAACUAUAAGUAUCGCUUAUUCAUAGGUGAGAUAUACAGGCCUACACAACAUGGACGCUCUGAAUAAACCAUUUAAAGGGAUGGCAUUCUGCUGUACUUCCAUACCAUCAACACUCCGGGAGGAAAUCUCUCAGAAAUUGACCAGUAUGGGAGGAACUCAUUAUAGUGAUCUUAUGAGUGAUGUAAAUUAUUUGGUGGUUGGAGAUCGGAAAACUGACAAGUACAACUAUUGUGUCAAACAUAGACAUGAUGUAAAGUUUCUUAGACCAGAAUCAAUUCAAACUGUUUAUGAACUUUGGCUCAAAGGUGAAGAAUCGCAUGAUCUUUUGGAUAUAAACAACUAUUUACUACCAGUGUUUAGUGGAUUGGUAGUUUGUAUGUCAAGAGUGGAAUUUAAGAAUAAACCACUUCAUGAACGGAUAUUUCAAGAGUCAUUCCGGCGUGAUGGAACUAUUCAAGCAACUUCAUUAAGUCAUUUGGAAAUUUAUGAAUCUCAAGCAUUGGCAAAAUACAUUGAAGCAAAUGGUGGGAGAGUGACAGACUCAUUAACAAUUUCUAACUCAUGUGUCAUUACUACUGAGAGAAAGGGUAAACGUUUCCUGAAGGCAAUUGAAUGGAAUAUCCCAGUUGUUCAUCCUAUUUGGGUAUAUGAUUCACUUUUAAGAAUGGCCGCGUUAAAACUUGAGGAUUAUACUUUAGAAGAUCAACAGCCAUACAACCAAGGAUGUAUGGUUUGGGAUCAAGUUCGACAAGGUCCAAAGGCAAUGAAAAGGUCUACUAUACCAGUUGGAGCAGAUGUGGCGCAUAAAGCUAAAUUAAAUAGUUCCGUGGCUCCAAAAUCAGAGAGACCAUUAUUAAGUAGAACUCCUUCGGUAUGGAACUCUAUUAUGACUACUAAUCAUGCCCCAAGUAAAAAACGUUCACAUGAUGAAAACUUAUGGGAAGAGAAUGAAGAUGACGAAAAUGAUGAUGAUAAUGAAGAGUUGGGACAAUAUAACAAUAAUAAUGAAAACCCCAAUACAAUUCUGAAAUCAAAAUUAAUCUUUCUUGGUUUAAACUUCCUCAUAAUAGGAUUUUCACUUAGUCAAAAAAAUGUUCUAGAAAAAGUCAUUGAAUCCAAUGGUGGUGAAACUACUGAAUUAAACGAUACUUCAAUUACCCAUAUUGUGAUCCCAGCAGCAAGUGGAUGUGAAUCUUCUGCCGUGCUAAAAAUGCUUCCUACCCCUAUAAAGCAACGAAUAAACUCAACUGAGAUUGAAGUAGUCACGGAAUGGUUUGUCGAGCGCAGUGUAUACUAUGAAAAGUGUGUACUUGAUAACUGGGGUAAACCAUUGCGAGGAUUAUUAUCACUUACCAAAUCACUGACUCUACCACUGAGAAAGCUUAAGAUCUGUAUUACUGGAUUUACAGGAAUAGAAUUACUUCAUAUACAAAAACUUAUAAACUAUAUGGGGUUCCAAUUUUGUGAAUCACUUACAUCAGAUAGGGAUCUUGUAAUAGUUAAUGUCAAUCUUUUCCGAGAAACUAUAAGCAAGAAGUCUCCAAAGCUCUUGGAAUACACAUAUCAAGAUGUGAUAGAUUGCCCCGUUUAUCUGACUGGAGUGUCAUUUGUAUCAAGUAGGAACAAAAUUAAUGCAGCUAAGAAUUGGGAGAUCCCUAUUUUAUCGAUUGCAUAUCUUUGGGAAACCCUUAUUCUCUCAGCACCGACUAAACUGCUUAUUAUGCCGGAUAUAUUGGAUCUCAAAUGGUGUAUUUUUGUUCCUCGAGGCUACAAUAAAACUACAACAUUAAUAGAUUAUAUGAGAAGUAUGGAAGCUAUAAAUCAAGAAGAGCAGCCUCUGCGUACGCCUACAAAGGAAAGCGGCUCAUUACCUCGACUCCCAUCUCCGCGAAAAGGAUCAACUCAAAAAUUUGGACGACUUGCGGGUCGAAGUCCACAAAAGAUAAUACCACCGAUCCAACCUCAUCAAGAUCAAGAUAUUACCCUUGAAGAAGAUGAAUUUACAGUUGGUUAUGCUUCCGAGCAAGUUGAGCUCCCUAAAAAGAAAAGGCGUACUCGAAAAUAAUCCUGU